AGCUUUUGUUCGUUCCAGUGGACAGAGAAAAAAAACGAAGAAAAAGCACAGAGCGAGGACACAAAGAAUCAUAGAAAGCAUAAGAUGAAGAGAAUUCCUCGUAUCAAAUUUCCUAAGAGACACUCUUCUUCUUCGUCCUCUGCUAUUUCCUCAGGUACUGGACCGAGGUCGGGAUCUGUUGCCGGCGGCGAGAAAAAUGUGACGGCGAGUUCAGAUGUCCCGGCGGCUCCGAAGAACACUGCUGAUGGAGGAAAAGCAUCUUUGCAGCCGAAACGCACACCUGUCUCCGACAAGGAAAUCGAGUCUAUAAUGUUGGGAGGUUGCAUCUGACAUUUGAAGAUCUGAUCUUGGAGCUCCUGUCUUUUUCUGCUGGUGAAGUUCAUUAUGCUUUGUUCUUUUUAAUGUAAAGAAAGAACUAAUAAUGUAAGAGGGAUAGUUUUAUAUGAAUGAUGCUCUCCGUUGUCCGAAAAGAGAGUUCUAAAUUA